GUGUUCAGCAGCCUGUCCUUGUGCGUUUCUGUCGAUAUCAUGUUUAGCAAGUGUAAUCCCUGCUAGGUUUAUUUUGGUUGUUUGUGAAAUUAGGUUAGUUAUCUGUCAAAGUUUAUUAAUCAAUUCUAUUACACAAAAAGACGCUUUGUGGCAAUUUUCUCAAAGGUUUUUCCCUUUAAAUGCUCAUUAGAAUUAGUGCAAAUUAACUAAUAUGGUAAUUAUGGACGUGCAUUAUUCGACUGACAGACUCAGAGAAGUGUGGCAAGCAGUUGACCAACUUCAUCUGAGUUACUUGGAAAUGGAGGAAAGUCCCGAGAAACUCGACCACAGGAUACGUCUGGAAGAUUGUAUUCGUGAAUAUUUGUGUAUGGCCUUGCACUCACAGAAAUUUGUUUUGCGAGAAACUGGGGAGGUUUUGUAUCGCUCUGCAAGCACUAAAAGGGAUUUUAGCGGCUAUAAGGCGGCCACAGGCUGGAAUGCUAUUCAAAUAUAUGCCGGGAAUUUGUUGUCACAGCCGUGGCGGAAGGAAUACAGACAAAUAAAAACAUAUUGCGGCUUUUACAAGCACCAAAUCGAGGCGAAUCUUGUGGGGGCUGAAAUUAUGUUCGAAGUGAUGGGGUACAGGAACCUCAGUAAUGGUGUUAUGGUCCUGGAGGGACCCAUUUGUCCCGAUACAGUCACCAAUGUUUCUAAAGAUUGCCUUAUAGCUUAUGUAGAGUGCCAAAUUUUGAAACACAUCUGGGAGGAGAUUUCGCCAACCUUCAAAAUAACUUGGUUGGAGGUUUUAGAAUUCCGCAAAGCACAUCUUUGUACCCCAGAACACUCCAUUAGGGCUCUAACUUACCAAUUUUACGAGAAGCAAUUUCAAGCACAAAACUCUGACUACAGCAGGUGUCACCAAACACCAGUCGCUCCCGCAGUUCAGUAUCCCCCCCAAAUAACACCCCAUAAUCAUGUUCCUGUCACUCCAAUGCCCUACGUUUACGCUCCAACUUGUUGUCCGAACAAUUACGCUACUUAUGCUCAUGUACCUUAUUCCGUGCCCUUGCAAUAUCCACCACACGUUGUAAAACCCAGCUUUUCCAAUGGGUAUUACUGCGCAAAUGGUUACAUAAAUCAACAGCCCCCGUCAUAUGAGUAUGGGGUUCCCACAGGACAGUUAAUAGAGCUAGAUUCGCAUCAUAACGGGGGCUAUGACGCUGUCGAUCGCCCCACUAAUAGUUUAAGAGUGCAUAGGAAUUCGUUGAGUAAUCACGAGAAGAAAGUCAAUGAGGCGAAGACUGUGAACAGCAAAGAACUGGAAAAACCGGAGUCGCACUUCGAAGACUGGGACUACGUCUACCGCAACCUGGAAAGCCAAGGCUACUCGAAAGACUUGGGCGAGCGCGGAGACAUCCUAGGCCAAUCGGCCGAGCACAAAAAGUCAAAAUGUACAAAUCUGGACGAAGCCAUGCACAACCUGACAAUAACAGAGCGGCCGCUUAAAAUCAGCGAAGCUUUAGAAAAAUACGACGGAGAGCCGGAGCCAAUUAGGAAAAACGUCCGGAAGCACUCGCAAAGCAGCUCGUACGAGAACUUGUCCGAAAUUAAGAAAGCAAAUGUUGCGAAACCGGCAAAGACGAAAACGCCGACUGUCCGGGACAAGCCGGUCAAUAACAACAACUACGAGGCGAAGAACACUAAUUGCAAGUGGGAGUGCAAGGCCUGCACGUAUCACAACGAGACGUCCAAGGACAUCUGCGAAAUGUGCAGCAAAAGUCGGAGCAAUGUGGAGCAGCAGAUGGAGAUCGGGGGGCCCCAGUGCUCGAAGUGUACGCUGGUUAAUUUGAAGGAGGCGAAGGUGUGCCAGGCCUGCGGGGCGAGUUUGAAGGACUCACCGACUUAUAUUUAGUUGUGAAAACAGGGUUGUGUAAUUUUGUACGGUUCAGUUGCUUUCGGAAUGUUUAGGUUUUUUUAUGAAAACUAUUUUUUAUAACGAGGAUUGCUUACAUUUUAUUGUACUGUAAAAUAUGCUAUAUUUAUUGCGCUUGCUCUUGUUAUUCAUUCUUGUUUGUUGACUCAUCAAAUAAAUUUAUUUAGUGUAAGUGUAAGAUAAUUUGUUUCUUAAUCUGAUGGCAUGCAUUAACAUGUGACUAAAGCAGAAAACGACGAAUAAAAAACAGAUGAAA